GAUAGAGGCCAUCGUCAUGGUCAGGCAGGUCACCACUAUCGAAGAUCAGGAGAAGUGGAACAAGGAGAACUGGAAGUGCACGAAGGAGUCUUCUCAAGGUCCUCUUCUCAAGCGCAUUGAGUUUCGAUGAAGCUGAACAUGUCCGGCAAGAAGUCAUUUCUCGCCUCGCAACUGUUAGCUCUGAGAUGGAAGCUAUUGUCAAGCAGGUCAUGACUGCCGAAGAUCAAGAGCGGCAAAUUACAAAUCCGGUAAGGACCUGUCCCGGCUCGCAACCGCCAGCACCGAGAUGGAGGCCAUCAUCAAGCAGUACACCACUGUCGGAGAUCAGGAACACCAGAACAAGGAGAACCACUCUUUGAGUCCGGCAAGUCAUGUCUCGGCUCGCAACUGUCAGCACUCAGCACAGAGAUUGAUGCCCACGCCACGCAGGCUCUACUUUCCGAGAUCACGAGCAGAACAACGGAAACUGGGGGCGCGCACGAAUGAGUCCCAAGGUCUUCUUCUCAAGCGCAUCGAGUCAGGUCGCCGCCAUCGAGGAUGAGGAGCAGUAGAACAAGGAGGACCGGGAGCGCACGAAGGAUUCCCAGGGUCCUCUUCCCAAGCGUAUCGAGUAUGCCGAGCGCAACCUUGAGGAGUUCGUUUCCGCCGGCGAAGCUGCAAGCAGAUAGAAGAAACCAAGAGAACUGAGAGCGCACGAGUAAGACCCAAGGUCCUUUUCUUAAGCGCAUCGGGUUUGUCAAGCGCAACCUUGAGGAGUACGCGCGUGCUCUGGAGAAGCUGCAAGCAGAUAGAUGCUG